AUGGCAGCCGAUAUCUCAACACCACGUCCACAUACAGCCCCCGAGACGUCCUCGACUGAGUCGUUCUUCGAUCUAGGACAUGAUGAUCCUCUCCGCAUAAAUCCUGUGGUCCUCUUUGUAUGCAACCCGGACCCGUAUGAAUCGUCUUCGGACGAGGAGACCCUAAAAGAUCCACAUGAUGAGUCUCCUGCUGGAAUUGUUGAGACGGUGGAUGAACAGCCGAAGACCUUGGUUAAAGUUGUGGAAACUGUAUCUAUACGGCCUCUUCUCAUCGGUCAAAAAACACCUAGUUGUCCGACUACGCCCAACGGCACGGAAAAGUUUGGCAUCCACGCCGAAGAACUCCCUCCGACUCCUCGAGCACCAUCAACCCGCCACCUAGGUCGAUUUGAGACCACAUCUUUUCAUUACCGUGUUUCACCAGUCGCAACCACUUCCCAGUUGCCUGAACUGCCGUUACCGAUCUGUCGACAACAGAUCCACGCUUACAUCGCUAACCUCGAGGAGCAGCAGAUGACGCCGCCGCGGCCGCCACUUCGUAGAAAGCCUGGUCGACCGUCUCUUUUGUAA